AUUAUCAGAUUUUCCCGUAAUAUGUAUCUCGUUUAGUCCACCACCUGGGACGGGUUUGCUCCGUAUCCAGGUUUGUUACCAAGGUCAAAACCAACAUAUUUAUUUCUCCGGCGUCAGAUGGUUCCAACCUUAUGCAAUAUGGUUGUAGAGCAACUCAGCAAUCAGUGAGGGGAAGGGCACCACUUACCAACAAUUGGUAUCAAGGAGAAAUAAAGGUGUUGUCGAACGUUUUAAAAUGAUUCAGAAAGGGUUACCAUUGUUUACAGGCUACGAGAACUCUAGAGUAUACAGGAAACCAUAACUCUGUUAUUUAUACCAGAACUCUGGUGUGUACAGGACAACAGAACUCUGAUAGAUACAGGAUACCAGAACUCUGGUGUAUACAGGAUACCAGAACUCUGGUGCUUAUAGGAUACCAGAACUCUGGUUUCUACAGGAUACAAGAAUUCUGGUGAAUACAGGAUGCCAGAACUCUAGUGUAUACAGGAUAUAAUAACUCUGGUGUAUACAGGACACCAGAACUCUGGUGUGUAUAGGACACCAGAACUCUGGUGUAUAUAGGACACCAGAACUCUGAUAUAUACUUAAUACCAGAAAGGGUUAUCAUUGUUUACAGGAUACGAGAACUCUGGUGUUUACAGGAUACCAGAACUAUGGUUUAUACAGAAUACUAGAACUUCUGGUGUAUACAGGAUACCAGAACUCUAGUGUACACAGGGGGCCAGAACUUUGAUAUAUACAUGCUAUCAGAACUCUGGUGUAUACAGGAUACCAGAAAUCCACUGGUCAAAUCAGUUUCCCCGUGCUGUGGAUUUUAGUUGCGUGAAACCUUUACUUGAAGACGGACCAACGCAAGGAUACCGGGUGGGGGAAUUCUACACCAUGUGAAACCAGGGGAUUUCAAGUUCCCCCAGUGUACUGCAGUGAAAACAAGUUUAAUAGUAAACAACAAAAGUUUAUGAAAAGGUUUAUAUGAAAGUCUGGUAUGAGUAGAUUGCGGAUUAUUCUGAUACCAGUGUUGGUGUCAGCUGGUCUUGUGAACUCAGAUUUUCUUCAUCAUGGUCAUAGAAAUACAAGGCAAACAGCAUCAUCGUCUUUUAUAAAUUGUUUUAACAGUACAGCUUGUACUAGAAUAGGAAGCAAUAUGAUAAGAUCACUGGUAACUCAGCUUCCGUUUGAUCGUGGAGAGACUAGAAGUGUGCGUCAGAGCUGUCAGUCAGCGUGUGAAAGUACUGAAGAUUGCAGAUACUUUACUUGGUAUGAGAAGAACGGAGCAUUUCCUUUCUCUUGUUUCCUUUACUUCUCAUGUGAGAAGACCGAACCCUGCUCCGACUGUGUAACCGGGCCAGAGAAAUGUCGGUCGGAGGAGGAAUCCCAAUGUUCUCCUGUUGGAGAAGAUUACGGAGGAAGCUGGUACUGUUUUCCAGACGUUGAUCUCAGCUCGCCUGUACCGCAAGGAACAAAGUGUAUCUGGCAGUGUCCUGGGCAGAGUUCCUAUCAUGAAUGUCAUAAUGGAAAAUGGAACAAUGAACCUGGACAAGCUAGAUGUAUGUGUCACAAGAUUGGAACCAAACAUCAAGGACAGGUUCUGUGUUACCCCCAACAUAGUAUGGAUGAAGCUGUAUCAAGUGGAACUUACUGCCUUCACACAUGCCAUGGGCAUCCUAAGACAGAGAUGGUUUGUGAUCAUUCGUUAUGGUCCAACUCCCCAUUAGAGUUAUCCUGUCAGGGAGGCAAUUCGUCCCAACCUGGAGUAGAGGGGUUGGAUUUAAAGAAUCUAGGUUCCCUGGCUAGUAGCAAACUACAGCAGAUGAGAGCUAAGGAGAAUAUUGAUAAACCUGUCAUGAAAACAAAGAUUGACGGAGAAAUAUUUACAAUGAAGAAGGUUAUCAAUCCAACCCGGUUCAAGCCUGAUGAAUUGAUCCUUCGUCCUGAACCGACAUCCAACAAAGACGACGAUAUUUUGGGAAAUACAAACUUCUUUCAGAAACUUCAGUCUAGUCAGGAGAUUCUUAGAGCUCAAUCCUUCCUCCCUAGUCUUUCUAAUACCGGAGUUCGUCCCACCUCGUCUCAUGUUCUAUUCAAGGACUUGGAUCCGGAGUUUACAUUUUCUCCGACCCAAACCUCAGAUAUAAUUCAGCGAACCAAUUCCAUCAACAAACCAAAAAUAAUCCGACUUGAAAUUCCAGAUGAAAAGGAACCUGCAGUCUUUCCCCAGAGAGAUAUCAUAACACUAACCACUCCGAAACCUUCUUUUAGUGAUUUUGGAUUUCAUGAAAUACCAGCUCCCGGAGCUGAGGAACUAAACCUAUUCAAGGUUUCUAGUCAGCUCAGGGUUGGGAAUAAUGAAAAUAACUCUCCUUCAGAAAGUACGAAGGAAGGGUUUACUCCGGGCACUGUUUUAUCCGUACAGACUGGAGUCAGCUCUGACGUUGAAACCUUAAAUAUUCAAAGACAGAUGGAGAAACUUCAUGAACUAGAACAGAUUCUACAAAAUACGGAUAAUAUUUCUCCGAUCACACUAGAGAUGAUCGAAGAUGCCUUGAUCCAUCUGAACCAGAAAAAGAGUAUCCCAACCCGAUCAGGGAAGGAUGGUUCCCUGGGGUUUCAGGUUGAGAAAGUGAGACAAGUCGGAGAAAAUACUCGGGAAAUACUGACGUCUGGUGGCAAGAUUACGACGAAGGGAGAAUCUCCAAUCCUACUCCCUCACCAAGGUGGGCACAUGGUUCCUAUGAGUGACAAAGCUAUUCUAAAACAGACCCAGCUGAGACGACUCCGACUGGAAAUGCUCAAGAUGAAGGAUAAACUCUCUGAACUGGAAUCUCAGGGUAUUACUCCAACUAGGGAACACGUCCUGGAUAAUCUGCAGUUAAUUAAGGAUAUCUCUAAAGAUGAACGUCCCUUUGGAAAUGUUAUCCGAGAAAACCGAGCUCCAGUAAAGUUUAUUCAAAUUCCCCUUGUAAAGGAGAAGGUUCCCUCUCCGACUUCUCCGGGAUUAGUCCUACUAACAACAACCCGUCCUGUCAUCCUACACAAUUCAAACCAACUCCCCAGAGCUAAUCCUGAGAGUUUUAGAUCUCCGGAAGCUCCGAUAAACACUGAUUUUUCGAAUGCAAAUAUUUCUCCGAGCUCACAGAAGAUGACAGAGGAAGAAAUGAAUAAAGAGCUUUCUCUGGUUAUAGAAGGAUUAACUGAGCUUUCGCAAAGAUUUCCAGUUGACUUUACAGAGCUGGUGACAAGCUUUGAGGAGAGUGGGACGGAUGAGGAGCAUAUCAUUGAUCUGACGCAGAAUCCUCAGAUUCAUAACACGGUUAGAGAAGUAAACAAUGGCUGUGUAAAGCCCGAAGACCCUGAGAACGGACGUAUUCUCUGCAACACUCGGGACUUGGUGGAGGGGAGUAAGUGUAUUAUAGAAUGUAAUCUUGGGUUUCUACCGGCUCAGGGUGAGAUAUUAGAGUGCAGAAAAGGAUCUUGGAGUAUUUCGGAGUUAAGGUGCGAGCAAACCUUGUCCCUGCUUAUUGGAGGAUAUAAUGCUCAGGAGGGUGAACUAGCAGAUGUGGAACUCUUUUCUCCUUCUGGGCAGUGUAAUUCAAGGAGCAUUGCACCUCUUCCAUCUCCCAGGCGAGGCCUGGUGGCAGCAUACAUUGAUGGAUUUAUUCUGGCUUGCGCAGGAGUGAAUAAUACAGAAUCUCUGAAUGAAUGCUGGAAAUAUCUUCCAGAUUUGAACAGAUGGGUCACAACUUCUCCGUUACACAGUGAACGCCAUUUUGGUUCUGUAGUCGGAGCAAGCGGAACCCUGAUCGUCCUGGGAGGACGGGACGGAUCUGCUACUCCGAUGGCUCUGGGAGGUAUGGAGCAGUGGAGAGAAGGAAAAUGGCACGAGGUCAACACAAAGAUGAGUUUAGAAAGGUCUUAUCAAUGUGCUACACCUAUUACAAGGAACAAGUUGAUGGUAACCGGAGGGUACUCCUGGAACACUAUCCUGGGGAGGGUGGAGACUCUACAAAUGUCCCAGGAGAAGGAGUGGCAACUCCUCCCUCCUCUCCGUACUCCUAGAUACCUGCACUCCUGCACCAACUACCCUAGUCCUUCAGGAGAUACAGGAGUUCUUGUCUCCGGGGGGUACUCGGAGGAUUAUCUAAACUCAACGGAAAUAUUUGACUUCAGAACGAACACGUGGAGUUACAGCGGAGAGAUGUCUGAACCACGCCAAGGAUCAAUAAUACUCCUCGUGGACGGAAAACCAACCAUAUUCGGCGGGUUCAACAACUAUGAUAAAUAUCCAACCCUUGUCGAACAGUUUGAUCCUGAUCUAGGAAUGUGGUUUCCCCUCCGGGAAGAAUUAAAGCAAGGAAGAAGAUACUUUGCCGGAGUAAAUGUUCCAGCUUCCAUAUUUCCUUGGUGUAAACCUUAAUCAUAUAGUGACAAUUUAUCAACCUUGCUCAACCUUGGUUCAAUGGGUCCUGGAUUUUUUAGGUUCAAAUGACAUGGUUUCUCUGAUUCAUCGUUCCAAAACUCCAGAGAUCCAAAAGCUUCCAAAAUCCAUGGUUCCAAAACUCCAUGGUUUUCCGGAGAUUGAUGGUUUCAACGCUCCUGAGAUCUAUGGUAUCAAAGUUCUUGAGAUCCAUAGUAUCAAAGCUUUUGAGAUCCAUGGUUUCAAAGCUUCUAGGAUACAUGGUUCCAAAGCUCCAGAUAUCCUUGGUUCCAAAGCUCCAUGCUACCUGGUUCCAAAUCUUCAUAGAUCCAUGGUUCCAAAGCUUAUAAGUUCCAUGGUUCCAAAGCUUCAUAGAUCCUUGCAGGCGCGCAACAUUUCUCAAUAUAAGCUCAGAUUCUUUUUAUUUUUGCCCCCUUUCUUUAAAAAUGCCCCCAAAUUGGAUUUUUAAAUUAUACUCGCACAUUUUUAUUCAAAUUGACCCACCAAAAUUAAAUUUGUCCCCUUUUUUGAAUGCCACCGAAUAUUUAUAAUUUGCACCUAAAUAAAAAUUUUUAUUAUCCCCAAAUGUUUUAUAAAUUCACCCAACUUUAAGGUAACCCAACAAAAAACACUCUUUGAUUAAAAAGCCCCUACAUAUACUUUGAAAAUACCAUUUAAUAAAAAAAUUUGCCAUCCAAAUAAACAUUUAAGAUUUCCCACACACAAAUAUGCCCAAAAAAAACUGA